AUGUAUCCACUGGGCAGCUGGGACAGCCCAGAACACGGUCUCUUCCAUGUUCUGCAAGCAAAGUACCCUGCAGGCCGCAAGCUUUCAAUGGCGGUUCAGGUGUCCGAGGCCCCGCAGAAUGGCCGAUGGUGCAUCGCUCAGGAUGCAAAGGAAGAGCUUCGCAUCUCUGCCAAUCAGUACACCCAGAAUAACAGUCUUCAGAGAAAGCACAACAACACUGUGCUUGAAUUUUGCGAGCCGGCAUUCCUUGCAGAGCCGCGGGGCACGAUGCAAGUCCUGGACGUCGGAUGCGGAACCGGCGACUUCACGCGGGAUUUACUUUUGCCUCGUUGCCUGCCGUGCGCCAGGCUAAUCGGCAUCGACUGCAACGCCGACAUGAUCGAGUACUCUAGGCGACACUCGGUCCACCAGAAAAUUGAGUACGAGGUGCUCGACAUAGGCGAAGACGUGACUGAAUUUAUCGCUCGUCGCGGCCGCUUCGACAGGGUUUACUCUUUCUACUGCCUUCAGUGGCUGAGGGACCAGGGCGCUGCGCUGAAGAACAUAGCUGCACUGAUGGCACCAGGUGCGCAGUGCGUCCUCGUAUUUCCUGCUUCGCACCAACCCGGGGCAGUGUGGAGCCUUCUGGCCAAGAUGGACCACUGGGCAAAAUAUUCCGAGAGGCUGCCGCAGUUUAUUGUGAAGAGCCAUUACAUGGAGGACAAGACGGAACAGAUGCGGUACAUGGCGACGCUACUCCGUGAAGCCGGCCUACAUCCAAACAUUUUCGUGCUGUCCAGGCUGGUGACAUUUGAUGGAUGGCCUGAACAGGCCAUUGUCGGAGCGCAGAUGAGCCUCCUGCCCAUCAACCACCUUGUUUCCGACGCCGAGAGGCCGCAGCUGCUCGAUGACGUCACGAAGCUAGUUCGGAAAGUGCACGGCCCCAAGACUGACCAGUCCAUUUUCCGCACGUACAUCAUCAUGGCUUCCAAACAACAAUAUGGCUAA